GCCCUGCCAGGGAGCUGCACACAUCACCACCAUGAGGAGUGUGCUACACUUUAGAUGUCAGCGGUCUCCAUGGAUACGGGAUGGAUAGAACUUAAAGUGUAGAAGAGAACGGGGUGUACUGUACUAAGCCCAUCAGAUGGAGGAGAGAUAUUACACAGACAAACACAUGAUGUGUCUCGCUAGACACCAGCAGAGAGCCAGGUGUGAGAAGUCGUUGCCAUGGGGAAGGACUACUAUAAGAUGCUUGGUAUUCCUAAGGGUUCUAAUGAGGAGGAGAUCAAGAAGGCAUAUCGCCGCAUGGCACUGAAGUUCCACCCAGACAAGAACACAGAUGCUAAUGCAGAGGAUAAGUUUAAAGAGAUCGCUGAGGCCUAUGAAGUUCUGAGUGACCCCAAGAAGAGGGUCAUCUACGACCAGCUAGGAGAGGAGGGUCUGAAGACGGGGGGCAGUAGUGGUCAGUCUGGGGUUCCUGGUGGGUCAUACCACUACACCUUCCAUGGGGACCCCCACGCCACCUUCGCAUCCUUCUUUGGUGGCUCCAACCCCUUCGACAUGUUCUUCGGACCGCACCACAACCACCAUAACCGCUCCAACGGCUUCCACUCCAAGGUCCACAACCACCACAAUGAUCAUGACAUGGAAACCGACUUGGAUGAGGAUGACCCCUUCGCCUCUUUCACACACUUCGGCUUCCCCGGGGGGGUCAACGGCUUCCCUGGCCAUGGCGGGGGCAGGAGGAGGGGAGUGAAGUCAGAACGUCUGGCGGGUUCCAGGAGGCAGCAGGACCCCCCGGUGAUCCAUGAGCUGAAGGUGUCUCUGGAGGAGAUCUUCCAUGGUUGCACCAAGCGGAUGAAGAUCACCAGGAGGAGGCUGAACCCCGAUGGCAGGAGCAGCCGGACGGAGGAUAAGAUCCUGAACAUCGUGAUAAAAAGGGGAUGGAAGGAGGGCACCAAGAUCACCUUCCCUAAGGAGGGGGACGAGACACCAGAGAACAUUCCAGCAGACAUCGCCUUUGUGCUCAAAGACAAAGGACAUGCCCACUUUAGGAGGGACAGCUCCAAUAUCAUCUACACCUGCAAUAUCAGUCUGAAGGAGGCGCUGUGUGGCUGUACGGUGAACAUUCCCACCCUAGAUAACCGCGUCAUCCCGCUACCCUGCCAUGAUGUCAUAAAGCCAGGGAUGGUAAAGAGGCUGAGGGGGGAGGGCCUGCCCCUCCCUAAGAGCCCCACCCAGCGUGGCGACAUCAUAGUGGAGUUCACGGUUCGCUUCCCAGACAGGAUCCCUCCCCAGUCCAGAGAGAUCAUCAGACAACACCUGCCCCAGUCUUAGGACAACACCUCGCCCACGGACAAUUAUAUUUUGAAGGGAAAGUUAUAUUUAUUUUCUGGGAAUGACUGAAGUGCCAAGAGGAACUGCAGUGUAAGGUUGUUUUUAUAAAAAAAAAUAUUUCUGCCCAAGCACAUACACGGGAAUGGAUCAGCGCAGCUUUGGCUUUUACCAGAACUUUUCUCCCCCCUACAGAUUUAUCAAGGGUUUUAUACAUCCCCCUGCCUUUCCUCCUCUUCUUAUGGAUGGGAUGACAGGAACACUUUAUUUGAAAGAGAGAAGAUUGUCUAGGAUUUUCCAGAGGAAAGUUGAAAGUGGAUUAUUUUAUCUACACCCAACCAGCAGCUUUAGUCUGUGUUCCCCUAUUUUACCCCAAUAAUCUGUGUCAAAUGUUUAAUAAAGCAUCAUGUGUGAACUGUGUAGGUUAUCUGCUGGACAAGUCCACUGCUAUGACAGCAGCUACUACCCCCACCUCUUCCCAGUGCCUAACCAUUAACAUAGUUUGACAAGCAUAUCUUCAGAUUUGGAUUUGCUUGUUGGUUUUAACAUGGUGUGCAGUUUGUUGUAUCUAUGUCUGGUCCAGACCAUCUGACUGGCUGAGACCCCCAGCAGCCCAGCUGUGUGUAAUCCACUAUGGGUCAUCAUAUUGGUACCUCAGGCCGUUCAUCUAUAGGUGCUUUGCUCCCUGUGGUGUCUGUCUGAGGGAAUGACUGAGUCUUUAAUAACUGCCUUUUAGCUCUCCACGACUCACCGAGGGACUGCUAAGUGCCUUAACCUGAAGACACACACACGGCUCCCCCAUUCCUACAGAAACCCUAUGGACCUGUCAAGUACCAGGAUUCAUACUCAAUGUGAAUAACUAUUGUAAUGGCUGCUGGUGUCCACAGGAUGAACAUAGAGAAUAUUAUCAUUUCUAUGAACCUUUAUAAUAGGUUCUGUAAAUGACUGUUCUGCUGUGGAUGUCUGUGGGUCGUAUACUGGGAGUGGCACUGUAUGCAGUGCUUAAUAAGGUCAUGGGGUGAAAUACAUUCUGGUUUUGGGUGCCAGUAGGGUUUAUAUUUAGGAGCAGAAAUGCUGCAAUAUUAUAAAGGUGAAAUGAUGUGCUGCUACUCAGUACCAGUGUGUUUCAGCGCCUAUCAUGAUACAUCUAUUCAGAACUAUCAAAUGGAGACCCCGUCCAUUUUUUGCCAGCUGUGAUAUGUGGACAUUGAAGGAAUCUGUCAGGACAGGUUGAUACUGUAGUGGUUGUUCCCUGCCUGUAGGUAAUGCCAAAAGAUACAGAAUGGCAAACAUCUGAGGAAUUCCAUCUUGAUCUAAUAAUGAUGCCUGUCAAUCAGAGAAGCUGCAGGGUCUCUGGGCUAAAGUAGGAAGUGAGCAUUGGCAUGGUGCUGUGAAUGUGGUUUUUCAACAACUUUUGACAAAGUUUCAUGUAAAUUGAAUGCUAUGAUGACAACCAAUAAACCAAA